CGCCAAAUUCGAGAAACGAGCGUACAAUCUGGUGAUAAUUGAAUCGAUUCAACAGAGCAAAUCAGCAAGAUGAUUAGUGAAGAUCUUGGCGUUGAGGCUAAGGAAGCCGCGGUUCGAGAGGUCGCAAAGCUCUUCACUCUUCCCGAUCUCCUCCAGUCCAUCGCCGACAUGAAGGCCGAUUAUAUUGCGCGCCAACAGGCAAAUGAUGCGCAACUUAGUACAAUGGUGGCGGAGCAGAUUGAACAGGCACAGAACGGGUUGGAAUCACUUGCUUUUUCUCAGAAGGCGAUAACUCAGCUCCGUGAGAACUUCAUUUCUAUUGAAAAGUACUGUCAAGAAUGCCAAAAUUUGAUAGAAAAUCAUGAUCAGAUAAAGCUCCUUAGCAAUGCGAGGAAUAACUUAAAUACAACUCUGAAGGAUGUUGAAGGUAUGAUGUCUAUUUCUGUUGAAGCAGCUGAGGCUCGGGACUCUUUGAGUGAUGAUAAAGAACUCGUUAACACUUAUGAGAGGUUAACUGCACUUGAUGGGAAAAGGAGAUUUGCAUUAGCUGCUGCAGCGUCUCAUGAAGAUGAAGUUGGCAGAUUAAGAGAAUAUUUUGAAGAUGUUGAUCAAACUUGGGAGACAUUUGAGAAGACAUUAUGGGGUCAUAUCUCCAACUUCUAUAAACUUUCAAAAGAAAGCCCACAAAGUUUGGUUCGUGCUUUGAGGGUUGUUGAAAUGCAAGAAAUUCUUGAUCAGCAACUUGCUGAGGAAGCUGCUGAAGCUGAAGGAGGGGAUGCGAUGGCAACAAUUGCAAAUCCUCGCAGAACUGCCAAGAAAGCAGCUUCUUCCAAGAACCUGACACAGCAGAAGUUAAAGGUUCAAGACAAAGGUUAUAAGGAUAAAUGCUACGAGCAAAUAAGGAAGACAGUUGAGGAACGAUUCAAUAAACUUCUUAAACAGUUUGUUUUUUCAGACCUAAAAGCUGCUCUAGAGGAAGCACGAACGUCUUGUAAUAUGGAGAUAAGCAUUAGAGAUCUUAUUUCUCGAGGAACUGGAGAGUUGCUAAACCAAGAGUCACUAAUAUGUUUGGUCAAGAAAAGUAAAAUUGAAGCACAGCCUCUCUUCUCUCUCUAUCUCUGUACACAUUUCUCACUCUCUUUGUCUCAUAAAUCGUUGCAGCAACAAAUCGGAGAAGAGCUUGGAGAUAUAUAUGACUAUGUGGCCCCAUGUUUUCCUCCAAGAUAUGAAAUUUUCCAGCUAAUGGUAAACUUGUAUACUGAGAGAUUUAUUCAGAUGCUGAGAUUGCUUAGUGACAGGGCAACUGAACUGACGAAUAUAGAGAUUUUAAAGGUGACUGGUUGGGUUGUUGAAUACCAAGAUAAUUUAAUUGGCCUUGGUGUUGAUGAGUGUCUUGCUCAAGUUUGUUCUGAGAGUGGUGCCAUGGAUCCCCUGAUGAAUGCAUAUGUUCAGAGAAUGCAAGCUACGACAAAAAAAUGGUACUUGAACAUCCUUGAGGCUGAUAAAAAACAGCAUCCAAAGAAAAGUGAUGAUGGAAAGCUAUAUACUCCAGCUGCUGUUGAUUUGUUCAGGAUCCUUGGGGAACAAGUGCAAAUUGUUAGGGAUAAUAGCACUGAUGUUAUGCUAUACAGGAUUGCUUUGGCCAUAAUUCAGGUAAUGAUUGAUUUCCAAGCAGCUGAAAGGAAGAGACUUGCCGAACCUCUUUCUGAACAUGACCUGGAACCUUCAUGUGCAAUGUUAAACAACAAUUUGCGCUGCUAUAACCUUGCGAUGGAGCUGAGUACUAGCAUUAUAGAAGCUCUUCCACCAAGCUAUGCUGAGCAGAUUAAUUUUGAAGACACUUGCAAAGGUUUUCUAGAGGUUGCAAAGGAAGCUGUGCUCCUAACUGUGGCUUUUGUCAUGGAUGAUCCUGGGGUGCAAGGGUUAAUUGGCAAGCUUUUUCAGAAAGACUGGUAUGAAGAUAAUGUCACUAGGUUCCUACUUCCAACAUUCGGUGAUUAUUUUUUGGAUGUGAUGACGUUCAUUGAAGAGAGAUCAUUUAAGAGAUUUGUUGAAGCUUGCUUGGAGGAAUUAGUGGUCUCUUACGUUGAUCAUCUUUUAACACAGAAAGACUACAUCAAGGAGGAAACCAUCGAACGGAUGAGACUAGAUGAAGAGAGUAUUACGGACUGCUUUAGGGAGUAUAUAAGUGUAAAUAAAGUUGAAAGCAAAGUUAGGGCACUGAGUGAUUUAAGAGAACUUGCUUCAGCAGAGAGCCUGGACACCUUUACACUUAUCUACACGAAUAUUCUUGAACAUCAGCCUGACUGUCCGCCUGAUGUUGUGGAGAAGCUUGUUGCACUUCGAGAGGGUAUACCACGGAAGGACGCAAAGGAGGUUGUACAAGAGUGUAGAGAAAUCUAUGAGAAUUCUCUUGUUAAUGGAAAUCCACCAAAGGCUGGUUUCCUUUUCCCAAAGUUGAAGGCCUUAUCAGCUUCCAAAUCAUCUCUGUGGCUAAAAUUGGGUUAAUUCAAUGCCUAUGCUCAACACUAAGCUUCUGCUACAGGUGGACUUCUGUAAAUUCAACGCCGAUACUCAGAUACUCAACACUAAGAUUCCGCUACAGGUAGACUGCUGUAAAUUUUUACCCUCGUUUUUAUUUUUCUUUUUUUUUUUUUUUCGCUGUUGCUAUUCAUUGUUUCUUUAGCAGCAUGUUAUUCUUUAAUAUUCAACUUCUGGAAAUGAAUUAAUUUUUUUGUAGUGAA